AUUAUUUUUAACAUUAUUUUUUUGGUUCUAUUGGAAUGCCCACCCAACGUGUGCACAUUAUAACGUGCCGAAUAGAUCGCGAUCGAUCUAUUGCUUCAAGGAAUCCGAAUAAUCCCUCCCUUUCUCUGCUCGGCUAUCCCCGGUUUGUCGGUGUCGAUCAAGAUUAUCCGUCCGAAUUCCGGAUACCCAGACUACAAUCCUUCCCCAUCAAACCAGUCAUGAAUCCCGAAUAUGACUACUUGUUCAAACUCUUGCUGAUUGGAGAUUCUGGAGUUGGAAAAUCAUGUCUUCUUCUGAGAUUUGCUGAUGAUUCUUACGUGGACAGUUACAUUAGCACAAUUGGUGUCGACUUUAAAAUACGCACUGUGGAGCAAGAUGGAAAGACCAUUAAACUUCAAAUUUGGGAUACGGCUGGGCAGGAGCGCUUCAGGACAAUUACUAGCAGUUACUACCGCGGGGCACAUGGCAUUAUAAUAGUUUACGAUAUAACAGACCAGGAGAGUUUCAACAAUGUUAAACAAUGGUUGAGUGAAAUUGAUCGAUAUGCCAGCGAGAAUGUGAACAAAGUUCUAGUUGGAAAUAAAUGUGACCUCACUUCUAAAAGAGCUGUGUCCUAUGAAGAAGCCAAGGCAUUUGCAGAUGAAAUUGGCAUUCCAUUCAUGGAAACAAGUGCAAAAGAUUCUACUAAUGUGGAACAGGCAUUCAUGGCCAUGGCUGCUGACAUUAAGAACAGGAUGGCAAGUCAACCAGCUAUGAACAAUGCAAGGCCACCUACGGUGCAGAUACGAGGGCAACCUGUUGGCCAGAAGUCAGGUUGCUGCUCUUCUUAGUCGGUUCUGUCUCCUUUCGAGGACAUGCAAGUUAUUUCUUCAUUGCUCACUUUUAUCGUAGAAGACCAACCUCCCUCUUCGUUGCUCAACUUUUAUCAUGAAGACCAACCUCCAAAAAAGGCUGUUUUUUUUUUUUUUCUGUUUCUCUGUUUUGUAUGUAAAAUAUCACAGAAUUCCAAUUCGCUGUGUCUAUUUCAUCUUUGAACAGCUUCGUACACGGUUGCUUUACCCAUCGGUACCUUAUUUUUUGCUUCUAUCCUCAUGUCGAUUGUCUAGAAAGGGCGAAGCUUUUUAGUAACUGAGUCUGUUUGGAGGGAAAUAUCUGGAUUCUGGAGGAAAAGUUGUGAAUACUUUUGGGCAUUCCUAUAGUAGAAACAUGGAUUAAGUCAAUGAUUAAUUAUAUAUAAUCAUGCUGAAUUCCCAA